UCGCUUCCGGCCCGAAGGCGGUCCUCCAAGGAGCACGACUUCCGGCGCGAGGCGCAGUUGUCGCAUUUGUCCGGCCCAAUGGCUGCUCCACUGCUUCACACGCGGUUGCCUGGAGAUGCAGCCGCUUCAGCCUCUGGAGUCAAGACGUUGCGCGCAUCCAGGUCGGGGAUUUCAGAUGUGCUUGAAUUAGAGAAUGAUUUCUUCAACUCCCCCCCAAGAAAAACUGUUCGAUUUGGUGGAACAGUCACAGAAGUCUUGCUGAAGUACAAAAAGGGUGAAACAAAUGACUAUGAGUUAUUGAAGAACCAGCUGUCAGAUCCAGACAUAAAGGAUGACCAGAUCAUUAACUGGCUGUUAGAAUUCCGCUCUUCUAUUAUGUACUUGACCAAAGACUUUGAGCAGCUUAUCAAUAUUCUCUUGAGAUUGCAGUGGUUGACUAGAAGUCAGACAGUGGUGGAGGAGUAUUUGGCUUUUCUUGGUAAUCUGGUAUCAGCACAGACUGUCUUCCUUAGACCAUGUCUCAGCAUGAUUGCUUCUCAUUUUGUACCUCCCCGAGUGGUCAUUAAGGAAGGUGACGUAGAUGUUUCCGAUUCUGAUGACGAAGAUGAUAAUCUUCCUGAAAAUUUUAACACUUGUCACAGGGCCUUGCAAAUAAUAGCAAGAUAUGUCCCAUCGACACCGUGGUUUCUAAUGCCAAUACUGGUAGAAAAAUUUCCAUUUGUUCAAAAAUCAGAGAGAACAUUGGAAUGUUAUGUUCAUAACUUACUAAGAAUUAGUGUGUAUUUUCCAACCUUGAGACAUGAAAUUCUGGAGCUUGUCAUUGAAAAGCUACUCAAGUUGGAUGUGAAUGCAUCCCGGCAGGAUAUUGAAGAUGCUGAGGAAAUAGCAGCUCAAACUGGUAGUGGAACAGAUGCCACAGAAGGACUAUUUAAUAUGGAUGAAGACGAAGUACCUGAAAAUGAAACAAAGGCUGACCCUGAAAGGCUCAAUCAGAUGUCACAUCCUGUCGCCGAACGCCUGGACAUCCUGCUGUCUUUACUUUUGUCCUACAUUAAGGAUGUCUGCUAUGUAGAUGGUAAGAUUGAUAUCAACAAAACAAAGGAUUUAUAUCGAGAGCUCAUAAUUAUUUUUGACAAACUCCUGUUGCCCACCCAUGCCUCCUGCCAUGUUCAGUUUUUCAUGUUUUAUCUCUGUAGCUUUAAAUUGGGAUUCGCAGAAGCAUUUUUGGAACAUCUCUGGAAGAAAUUGCAGGAUCCGAAUAAUCCUGCCAUCAUCAGGCAAGCUGCUGCAAAUUAUAUUGGAAGCCUUUUGGCAAGAGCUAAAUUUAUUCCUCUUAUUACUGUAAAAUCAUGCCUAGAUCUUUUGGUUAAUUGGCUGCACAUAUACCUUAAUAACCAGGAUUCAGGAACAAAGGCAUUUUGUGAUGUUGCUCUACAUGGACCAUUUUACUCAGCCUGCCAAGCUGUGUUCUACACUUGUGUUUUUAGACACAAGCAGCUUUUAAGUGGAAACCUGAAGGAAGGUUUGAGGUACCUUCAAAGUCUGAAUUUUGAACGUAUAGUGAUGAGUCAACUAAAUCCUCUGAAGAUUUGUCUGCCCUCGGUAGUUAACUUUUUUGCUGCAAUUACAAGUAAAUACCAGCUGGUCUUCUGCUACACUAUCAUUGAGAGGAACAAUCGCCAGAUGCUACCAGUUAUAAGAAGUACAGCUGGAGGGGACUCGGUGCAAACCUGCACAAACCCACUUGACACUUUUUUCCCCUUCGAUCCUUGUGUGCUUAAGAGGUCAAAGAAAUUCAUUGAUCCAAUUUAUCAGAUAUGGGAAGACAUAAGUGCAGACGAGCUUCAGGAGUUUAAGAAACCCAUUAACAAGGAGGUGGUGGAAGAUGAAGAUGAUGACUUUUUGAAAGGUGAAGUUGGGAUUACACCGAGCUCCUUUGACACGCAUUUCCGAAGUCCUUCAAGUAGUGUGGGCUCCCCACCGGUGUCGUACCUGCCAGACCAGUCCCCUUUGAUUGCAAGGAUUUGCGAUUGAGAUGAACGUGCCUCCCCAUCCUGCCCUGCAAUACCAGGGUUCAUACUGUUUGAGCUUCACAUCAAACUAGAGCAUAGAGUACCUGCCUCUGGCAGCUUAUUUCAAGUUAGACUUACUCUAGUGUCUGAACAGACAUGGUUUUUUUUCUUUUUGCUCCCAUACAGACAAAGGAAAAGACUGAAUAUCAUGUGCAAUAUUUUAUAGUGGAGUUGAUAAGUGUUCACGGCUUGGCUUGUUUGUUUAAUGUAUACUUUUUUUGUGUGUUACAGCUUUUUGACAUAAUUAUUGUGACUGUUUUAACAGAUUGCAUUUUAAAACAUAGGUUUUGGUCAGAGCCAUACUCAGGAUUUUGCUGAUCAGUGAAAAUCCUCUAGAACACUAUUUAUAGUCUUCAGAAAGAGUUUAUUUUGGAUACAUUGUUUACCUCUGCUGUAACUGUUUGUGUGUUCGGGUUCAGUGGGGUGCAGAGAAGGUAGGAGGACAGUGGGGAGAUGGCCAGGGCUGGUCCCAAAUGCUGAGAGAGGGAGAUAUCCAGGGGCUUCAGAGACCAAUAAAAGCCUGGAGGGAAGAGCUAGGGGAUUUAGGGAAAUUGAAUCAGCCAAAUCAUAUACAUGUGAGUGUAAAAAUGGAUUUAAAAGAAAAAUGGGAGUUCCAGGUAAAAAUAAUUCACAUUGACUGAAAGUGGAGUUUGGACUUUUAUAAAACAGCAAGCAAAGAGUUUACCCUGAAGCUCCCAAGAGUACUGUUUGAACUGGAAUGACUCGUUUGUAGUGGAAUAUUAACAUGGAUUUUUGUAUUAUUACCAGUAUCAGCAGACCAGUUCUCAUUUUGAAAAUUUCUUGGGGAGGGUGGGGUAUAAUUUAGGUCAUUUGUCGGGUGGUUUUGCUAGGAACAGUUGGCCAAGGUUACAUAUAUACUCUUUUCAACUGGCUAUUUGUGUCAUGGAUUCAGCUCAGUGAAAUCCUCCUCUGUCUGUCCUUUUUUUUUAAAUAACUAAACACAGAAAGAAGAAUCUAAACAACCUUGCUUUAUAGCAAAUUUGUGCGGGCACUGCUAGAUUCAUUUUGAAGCUCAUGCAUAUUUAGCUUCAUUACUUAUUUGUGUACUUUUUUUGUUACUUGUGAAAAUGUACAUCUUUAAACUUAUUUAUUUUUCUGCCACUUUUCCUAUUUUUUAUUUAAAGGCAAGUAAUAUUUUCUUGAUCACAAAUAUUUUGUAAUGAAAUACUUUCUCUUUCCUAGAGCUUUAUAUGCUCUUGUAUAAUUAUAUUAAUGGCGAUGUAGAGUUUGAAUUUCAGUCUGUAAAUAUGCUUUGGAACAGAGAAAUUUUUAUUGCUUUAAAAAGUUUUGGAUAUUGGUGACUUUCCUUUGGUGACUUGGUAGAAAGUCAUUUGAGUACCUUUAGGUUCUCUUUUUUAACUGCUGACAAAAAGGUGGGAUUUUUGUAUACUGGACAAAAUGAGAAAAUGAAAUGUGUCCAUAGAAAUAAUGGAAAGUGGAGUCUUUGUGGUUUGGGAAGUAGCUUUAAUGUAGAGGGAUAUAUUUAUAAGUGUAAUUUCAAAGGAGCUUGAGAAAAAACCCAUUGUGACAAUAAAACAAUGACAUGGUUAA